UUAUUGCACAUUUCGUGAUUGUUGUAUCUAUGUAAUAAUAUAAUGUUGUAAUAUGGCAACAAAACUUUCACACAACUUUGUGUAAAAUAGUUCACCUUCUACUUCAUUGUCAGGCUGACUGACUGACACUGCGCGGCAAAAUAAACAAUAUUUUGUGGUGUUUUAUGAAUUAGGCUUCGCCGAAUUGUCACGGCGAUGAAGUCAUUCAAAAACAAAUUCAUUCAAGACUGAGUUUACGCUGGUCGUAGCGGAGGAGUGUUUUUUAAUUUGACUAUCAAAAUUAAAAUUUUAAAUUACAGUGGAAGAACUUUGUUAUACGCAUGCAUUAAGGUUACAGCUCGUGUCGUUGAACUCACGUCGGAAACCAUCACCUGUACAACUGUGUGUAAAUGUUCAUGUUCUUUGUUCGAAUACUAAAUUGAAGAGAAGCAUAUUUCGAUAUCUUAUUAUCUCUCUGGAAUACGACCGUCUUGAAUAUGAAAAAGAUCAUGUUUAGCCGAAAGGAAAUUAAUUCUUCGCAAAAUCGACCAACUCUGCCGCCAGCUUAUACCAUUGACCGCUACUCAUCGUAUUAUCCUAUGAAUCAUAAGAACCGUGGAAAAGCAAUAAUAUUUACGCAUGCAGUGUUUGCGGUACCAAACGUGAAACUUGCAGUCCGAGAGGGAGGCGAAGUUGAUUGUAAAAUGUUAACAGAAUCGCUGGAAAGAUUGGGUUUUGAUGUGGAUCUGUACCGAGAUAAACGAUUGAAAGAAAUUCUUCACAUUACGGAGAAAAUUUCUUCGAUGGACCAUACCAACAGCGACUGCCUGUUAGUGGCUAUUCUAACACAUGGCGAUGAAGGUGAAAUUAUAUACGCACACGACUGUCCCUAUCAAAUAUCGAGCGUCUGGACACAGUUUACUGGAGAUCGCUGUCCAUCGUUGAUAAGCAAACCAAAGAUUUUCAUUAUACAAGCUUGUCGUGGUAAUGAACUAGACUCUGGGGUUAAAAUCGAAAAGGACGGUGUGGCUCGCUAUAGCAUACCCACACACGCAGAUUUCCUGUUUGCGUUUGCCACUAUUCCUGGCUUUAUGUCAUUCCGCAAUACCAAGAAUGGAUCUUGGUUUGUAAGAGAACUUUGCAAUGAAUUAAAUGAGAAUGGACAGAGAUAUGAUCUGCUGACAUUGCUCACAUUUGUUGUGCAGAAGGUAGCCUACGAUUAUGAAUCGGUAGCACCAAAUACACCAGAGUAUCACCUAAAAAAGCAGACCCCUUGUAUUGUAUCGAUGUUAACUAGAUUAUUAUUAUUCAAUUAUGUUUAGACACAACAUUGGAGUAUUACUGCCAUAAUGAAAUAAGGUCAAUUUAACAAAAACUAAAAUAUGUAUUAUCGGUUAUCUUUUGCGAUUAAUGCUUCACCGCCAAAUAACAAUGUUAAGUUUAUUUUUUGUAAUAUUAUUACACAGAAUUAUAGGUAUACCAAUCAAUUUACCAUUCAAUGGAACUUUGUUUUACCAAGCUGCCACUGCAGCUGCAACAACAGAACAAUAAAUUUAAUGUUUCGAAAUCAUA